UCCCCGUCCCCGGCUCGGCCGCGGCUCCUUCCCGCAUCGUCCCCCGCCGUGCGCCCCGGCCCGCGCCAUGAUCUGCCUGGUGCUCACGCUCUUCGCCAACCUCUUCCCCGCGGCCCGCGGCGGCGUGCACGAGAGCACCUUCGUGGCCGUGAAGCCCGACGGCGUGCAGCGGCGGCUGGUGGGCGAGGUGAUGCGGCGCUUCGAGCGCAAAGGCUUCAAGCUGGUGGCGCUCAAGCUGGUGCAGGCCUCGGAGGAGCUGCUGCGCGAGCACUACGCGGAGCUGCGCGAGCGCCCCUUCUACGGCCGCCUGGUCAAGUACAUGGGCUCCGGGCCCGUCGUGGCCAUGGUGUGGCAGGGGCUGGACGUCGUUCGGGCCUCCCGGGCACUCAUCGGGGCCACGGACCCUGCGGACUCGCCGCCGGGCACCAUCCGGGGGGACCUCUGCAUUGAGAUCGGCAAGAAUGUGAUUCACGGCAGUGACUCGGUGGAGAGCGCCCGGCGGGAGAUCCAGCUCUGGUUCCACAGCGAUGAGCUGCUGUGCUGGGAUGACAGUGCCAGCCACUGGCUGUACGAGUAGGAAAUCGACCUGGUGCCCAGCCCGGAGCCGACGCGCCCCGUACCCCACACCCCACUCGUCCCCCCCAAAUAAACCGAAAAGCCUGGUGCCGUGCUGGGAGACAGG